CCCCCCCCCCCCCAAAAGCACUUUUAUGUAGCACGUAUUGAGCAACAGAACACUGUGUCGGGAGUUUUUCAAGCCAAGCUUGCUACAACUCACAGAUGUCGGUGGCGUCCAUGUACGCACAAUAUUAUCAUCAUCAGCAUUGGCUCGAGCGUCGUCGUCUUCUUCCGCAGCUGGCUCUUUGGCGUCCCUCGAUUUGGGCUCGUGCUCGUGCUCGGCACGCGCUCGUGCCACUGCUCCCGCGUUCGUCGUCGUCGUCUGCUUCCACAGCUGGCUGAGUUUCCGCUAAUCAUUCCAGCGUAGAAUUUCACUUCUCUUCUGUCGUCGUAAUGGGGAGGCUGCGUUUACGGGGGUAUGGGCGAUUGCUUAAGAUGGUAUGAUGCAGUCAUUGUCUUCCGUAACCUGCAGAUUUAAUUUUGAAGAAAUUUCAUGGAAAUCCAUCCAGAAUGAACGCGCUCGGGAAAGGGCUCGUCGUCGACGUGCCGAUUCUAGCGUGGGGCUUCUGAAGCCCAGGCGAAACGUCAGCGAAGAGCCGCCGACCCCGAGCUGCGGGAGGGCGAUGUUGAGGCCAAACUUCAGUGUCGUCUAGCCCUCCAGGAACCCGACAACAGUGGUGUACGCCUCGGCAACGCUAGCGCCAACUUCCCCGGCGCGACGGCCAGGUUUCAACGAGAUUUUCUCAACCGGAACUUCGGAGCCAGCUGCAGUGCGUGUGACCGGUUGUGGUUCGAGCACAAUGUGGUACUCGUCAGUGCAAUUCGUUCGGAGGAACACCGAAGAAACACAGGACAAGCUUCGCUUACCCCCAUUUCUACGACAGGGGAGGGGCUACUGAUUUUUUUCAUUUUGCUCUACAAUUUCCCCAUUGACACUUUUCAUGUAAUUAUUAUAAUUGAGAAGCUUAUUAAUUAAGACUAAUUAUGUAAUUAGGCAGAAUGCAAAAAAUAUUAGAGUAUCUCCAAGCGAUGGCAAGCAGCAUAACGUUGGCUCUGUCCAGCUACGUGGCAUUUGCAUAUUUUUAAAUCUCGGUGCAUGAUAGUUGGGACACACUGCAUACGUUAUGCUCAUCUGUUGGUGAAAUCGACAAACCGCCCUGUGGCACGAAUCCCGCUUUAUACGAACACGGGCACCAAAACCUCUGCGACGCCAGCGGUACCGGCCCUGCCAAACCUCCUUGUACCGCACUGACGCGUACCGUUUGUCGUGGGCCUUGACUGUGAGAUACUCUGCACGAGCUCGUGGCGUCCCGGCACGUGACCGGGAGAGAAGGAGUAAAACGAAAAUGAAACGGCCUUGCUCGGGAAAAUAGGUCGCUCGUGAAGAAGUGACACAACAGGAACGACAACGAUGCGUGGCCUGACAGCGGAAACACAUCCUCCUGGUCGAGGCGAACCUGUAAAAAAAGAAAGCAAAAACGUCGGAUCGCGUAAGGCAAAAAUAUUCGCAUAACAACGACGCAAACAAAGUGACAAUGACGCCUUCGCAAAGAGACCAAGGAUGGAACGAAGAGACGAGCGUACUGUUUAGAUAUUUUUUUAUCAAUAUAGAAAAAAAUAAUAAAGGCAGAGAAGAAUAUAGACAAAGGGGGUGAAACUUGGCGUGGGAGAGAAGCGGCGGAAUUCCAGCCGCUUGCGGAGAGCGCAGUGUUGCGCACAAGCAACGGUGAGCGCGCGAUCGAUCACGGUGCAAGCCGCUACUACUUGUGUUGUACUGAAUAUACUGUCUACGUACAGGCCUGCAUGCAUGUGCACAAUUUCCAAACGAGAUGGGCGCAAAUGCGUGCGUGGGAUGACGUAGUCUCGGGAAGCCUCGCUGGCGUGUGAAACUGUCUCGGGAGAGCCUGCUCGUCUCAGUGAUGGUUCGUGGACUUGUCGCAGAGGUAGUCAUCGCUGUGGUUGUUCUCGGGAGUGCGGCUCCAGGACGCGCCGGCUCAUGGUGGCAUCCGUGGGUGCCGAUACAUCGAAUCCGCGUGAUGUUGGCUUGCUCGGGCAUCCGGUUCGUGUCCCGGUUCGAGUGGGGUGCCCGGCAGCCCAAGAACCAGAAGCGGCUCGAGGUCCAGCCGGUGUCCCGGUUCUUCGUGCACCACACCGAGGGUCCGGAAUGCUUCAACUACUGGAGCUGCUCGGAGCGGAUGCGCCACUGGCAGAACUUUCACAUGGACACGAGAGGUUGGGACGACCUCGGCUACAGCUUCCUCAUCGGGGGUGACGGGCGGGUGUACGUGUCCCGGGGCUGGGACCGCAGCGGCGCCCACACCAAGGGCCACAACGACGAUGCACUGGCAGCGGCGUUCAUCGGCGACUUCUCGCGCCACCUGCCGACUCCCUGGGCAGUCAGGGGACUCAUGCGACUGCUGCAGUGUGGCGUUGCCUUGGGGAAGAUCCGUCCUGACUACACACUGCACGGCCAUAGAGACGCCAACUGCAGGACGUGUCCCGGGGAAGCCCUGUACGCCUACAUUUCUCGGUGGAGGCGCUUCGGCGGGAAGCUUAAGAAGUACAUCUGCGAAACGCCAGUUACGCAGUCGUCCUCCACCGAACGUGUGUCGACGCAGACGCGUAUAGCUAGUACACCAAUGCUGCGAUUCCUCAAGUGCGGUUACGUGGGGACUGCCAAGAGCUUGCUCACGCUUGCGGCGUUUGGAGCUGUUCUGCAGGCUGCGACAAUCGUAGACACGAGUGCGCUACGUUAUAGCAUUGGAAGACAAGCUGUAAUUCCGCACCCUUUGAGUGCAGCUGCCCAGCGAUGUCCGGGCGUGGAGAUCGUGAGCCGCAGCGGCUGGGGCGCCAGGGCUCCGCGAAAUCGGCAAGCCAUGAAGAACCCCCGAGCCCAGUACGUGUUCAUACACCACACCACGGGGUCCCAAUGCAAGGACAAGGCCGCAUGCAGCAGGCUCAUCCGCAGCCACCAGAACUACCACAUGGACAAGAACGGCUGGGCAGACAUCGGCUACAAUUUCCUCGUGGGCGGUGACGGACGCGUCUACGAGGGCCGUGGCUGGGGUCGAGUAGGAGCUCACACCCGAGGCUACAACGACAACGGCAUCGCCAUCUCGUUCGUCGGUGACUUCAUGAAGUCGACGCCCAACACUGCGAUGCUCAACGCGGCCAAGAACCUUAUUGCCUGCGGCGUCAAAGCGGGCAAGAUCAACCCGAAAUAUUCUCUGCACGGUCACCGCGACGCAAACUGCACUGCCUGUCCAGGCAACCGACUCUACGACAUCAUCAAGAAGUGGGCCCGCUUUGGCGGUAGACUCAAGAAAUUCGUCUGCUAGCAGCAUGCCCAUCCAACGAAAGAAAAUAAAUAUAGACAUGACGGCACUACGGAAGUCCCCAUUGUCAUUUUGGCCUCCAGAAACGCGUUGCGAAUAUAAAGGUAUAGCAUCGUCGUCAUCAUCAUCGUCAUCCUCAUCAUCCAGUUUUUGCAUCAACGGCAGGACGAUGAAGUGCAUGGCAUUACAGCUGCUUAGAGGGUCAGUGACCUGGACUUGCGGAGUCCGCACCAUUGUUUAUCUCUUAAUUUCGAUCCGAAUGCCAUCGACCAUAGCUUGCCCUCUUAUCUAUGCAGCUGCCUGCUUAUCAACAUGACAAGCUGCCUUAUAAUUUGAACUUAUCUCUGAAACGCGUAGCAAAAAAAAAAAAAAAAAGCGUGGUUUUCUGUACGAAUACGUCAAUUCCGGUUCGGAAGACAAAAAUUAACUGCAAUUCUUAAGUGGGGUGCAAGAUGCCAUGAAGGCGUCAGAUCCCGUCUACGUCGGUUAAUAUGACGCAGUAUAGGAGAAAACAAAAAGCACCAAGCAGGGAGACUCUGCUGCCACGGCAAUCAGCU